AUGGAUCAUUCACAAACAAAGGUUAACUACGGUCUUACACGGCCACCAAUGUCCGUAUACACCAAUCCUCAUUACGGACGCAGCUACGAUCCUAAUUACAUCCAAAAUCCACCCAAUUUGCCCAAUUACCCAUCGCCGUAUGGUCCUAAUUAUAACUCAUCGCCAUAUAAUCAUAACUACAGCCAGAACCCACCAAAUUCACCACCCAAUAAUCCACCAGCAUAUAAUUAUAAUCAUGGCCAGCCACUCAAUUCGCCACACAAUAAUUCAGCAUCAAGUUCUCUAGCAUUAAAUAGGGAUUUCAAUUCCCAAACGGUUCCUCCAGCCGGAAAUAAUUCCAUGUCGAAUCCUCCUACGUCUGCACCCAGCCGAGCCGACAACAGAGCUGCCGUAUUUGCUUUUCUAAAUUCUCUAGCCAGGGGAAAUGCACCCCCGGAGGUUGCUCGGAGGGCUUGGCUAAUCCUACUCUUACUAGUGGGUGGUGUUCUUCUUGUCGUAGGAUUUAAAUUUUUGGUCCCAAGUAAAGGAAAAAGCAGAGCUUGUAGAAGACGAUGUGCAAAUAGUUAUCCCAUUGGUGACUGCUUGGAUGCAUGCCUCCAUGAUUCUACCUAUACAAAAGCCGGUUUGGUACUCGUAAGCGCUGGAGGUGUUUUACUUUUAAUCUUUCUGGCUAUACUACUGAGACCUAAAUUUAAAAGUAGUGAUACUGUACAACCAUCAUAA